AAAGGUGUUCACAUUGGAGCUACAAACAUUGGUGUUUUGAGAUUUCAGCUCUUCUCCUACGGUUCCUGUGCGAGCAAGUGCCAUAAAAAUGAACGUCCAAGGGAAAGGCUUCCCUUUGGACCUCGGAGGAAGCUUCACUGAAGAUGCUCCGAGGCCACCAGUUCCUGGUGAGGAAGGUGAACUCGUGUCCACAGAUCCAAGGCCAAUUAGCCAUGGUUUCUACUCCAGUAAAAGUGAUGUCGUUAGAAAUGAGAUGUCCACAGCAACACCAAGGCGCUCGGAUUUGGAUUUGGGGUAUGAGCCAGAGGGGAGCGCUUCGCCAACUCCACCCUACUUGAAAUGGGCCGAGUCGCUGCAUUCCUUGCUGGAUGAUCAAGACGGUAUCAAUCUCUUCAGGACUUUCCUGAAACAGGAGGACUGUGCAGAUCUGCUGGACUUCUGGUUUGCCUGCAGCGGCUUCAGGAAGCUGGAGCCCUGCAUGUCUAACGAGGAAAAAAGACUCAAACUGGCAAAAGCCAUUUACAAAAAAUACAUCCUCGACAACAAUGGAAUUGUGUCCCGGCAGAUCAAACCAGCCACAAAAAGCUUCAUAAAAGACUGUGUCAUGAAACUACAGAUUGACCCCGACAUGUUUGACCAGGCCCAAACUGAGAUUCAGUGCAUGAUAGAAGACAAUACCUACCCUUUAUUCCUUAAGUCGGAUAUUUAUUUGGAAUACACAAGGACAGGUGGGGAAAGUCCAAAAAUUUAUAGCGAUCCGAGCUCAGGGUCUGGGACAGGGAAAGGGCUACCUGGUUAUCUGCCUACUCUGAACGAGGACGAGGAGUGGAAAUGUGACCAAGACACGGAGCCGGAGGCCAGCAGAGACUCUGCCCCCUCGAGCAGGCUCACCCAGAAGCUGCUUUUGGAGACCGCAACCCAGCGUGCCACAUCGACUCGGCGGUACAGUGAGGGGAGAGAGUUCAGGCAUGGGUCAUGGAGAGAGCCCGUUAACCCUUACUAUGUCAACACGGGAUAUGCCCUGGCACCAGCCACCAGUGCCAAUGACAGCGAGCAGCAGAGCAUGUCCAGUGAUGCAGAUACAAUGUCACUGACAGACAGCAGCGUAGAUGGGAUCCCGCCGUACAGACUCCGAAAGCAGCAUCGCAGAGAGAUGCAGGAAAGUGCCAAAGCAAAUGGACGUGUGCCACUACCUCACAUCCCUCGUACAUACCGAAUGCCAAAGGAUAUCCACGUUGAACCGGAGAAGUUUGCUGCAGAGCUGAUCAAUCGUUUGGAGGAAGUACAAAAGGAACGUGAAGCAGAGGAAAAAUUAGAGGAGCGCCUUAAACGCGUUCGAGCGGAAGAAGAAGGUGAGGAUGCAGAUAUCUCUUCUGGUCCCUCAGUCAUUAGCCACAAGAUGCCUUCCGCCCAAACCUUUCAUCACUUUGCUCCUCGUUACUCUGAGAUGGGCUGUGCUGGGAUGCAGAUGAGAGAUGCGCACGAGGAGAACCCAGAAAGCAUCCUCGACGAGCAUGUACAGCGUGUCAUGAAAACGCCAGGCUGUCAGUCUCCAGGACCUGGCCGCCACUCUCCUAAGCCACGGUCCCCAGAAAGCGGCCACUUAGGGAAGCUGUCAGGGACACUAGGAACGAUUCCUCCAGGGCAUGGCAAGCACGCAACAAAAUCAGGAAUGAAACUGGAUGCAGCUAACUUAUACCACCAUAAACAUGUCUAUCACCAUAUUCAUCACCACAGCGUGAUGAAACCAAAAGAGCAGAUUGAGGCUGAGGCCACUCAGAGGGUGCAGAACAGCUUUGCGUGGAAUGUAGAUUCACAUAACUAUGCAACAAAGUCACGAAACUACACUGAAAACUUGGGCAUGGCCCCUGUCCCCAUGGACUCUUUAGGCUACAGUGGGAAAGCAAGUCUGCUCUCAAAAAGAAAUGUUAAGAAGACCGAUUCAGGGAAAAGUGAUGGUGCCAACUAUGAGAUGCCAGGAUCUCCUGAAGACGUGGAGAGAAACCAGAAGAUCCUUCAGUGGAUCAUAGAAGGAGAGAAGGAGAUCAGCAGGCAUAAGAAAACAAACCAUGGCUCUUCAGGUGCUAAGAAGCAGCUGUCCCAUGACAUGGUCCGACCCCUCUCCAUUGAACGACCUGUUGCUGUGCAUCCGUGGGUCAGUGCCCAGCUCCGGAACGUCGUCCAGCCUUCUCAUCCCUUCAUCCAAGAUCCCACCAUGCCGCCCAAUCCAGCCCCCAACCCUCUCACCCAGCUGGAAGAAGCUCGCAGGAGGUUGGAGGAGGAGGAAAAAAGGGCUGGAAAGUUACCCCUUAAACAGAGGUUGAAGCCCCAGAAGAGACCAGGCAGUGGCGCAUCCCAGCCGUGCGAAAACAUUGUGGUCGCUUACUACUUCUGCGGAGAGCCGAUCCCUUACCGCACCCUCGUCAAAGGGCGGGUGGUGACGCUGGGACAGUUCAAGGAGCUGCUGACCAAGAAAGGGAACUACAGGUAUUACUUUAAGAAAGUGAGCGACGAGUUUGACUGCGGCGUGGUCUUCGAGGAGGUGCGGGAGGAUGACACCAUUCUGCCCAUCUUCGAGGAGAAGAUCAUCGGGAAGGUGGAAAAGAUCGAUUAGGCCCCAAGGCUGCGAAGCCGUGAGGAAAGGACUGUGAAAGACUCUGGGACCGGAGGAGCAGGUCUGGGGCGGAUGCUGGCGGUGCUACUCUAGCGGCACCGACCCCCGGGCGCUGGGCCACCCCGGGGCGGAGGGCAGCAGCCCUGCUCUUCGCGAGGACCUGGGCAAGCUCCAUGUUGCCAGUGGAAGUCGUUUCACCCCCCCCGAACCUGCCAGUGGGAGCCCUGGCCCGGGUUCCCUCUCCAUACCGAAUAUAAGUGUAAUGUAGCAUUGUACAGUGCAUUAGAAAGUGUAAUAUGACCUUGUUUACUAAAGCUGCAUAUUUUUGAUAUAUUGUAAUAAAAGGAAAAUAUUUCCAAUGUCA